UGCCAAUUCCAUUCACCUCGUUCAUUCCAUGGAUUCAAUGUUUUUCAACUUCAAACAACCACUUCCACGCGUCAACUUGAGUCACUAAAGACGGAGAUGUUGGAGGCUCCAUAGACUGCUUUAUGAAGCUUGCUCAAAAGACACUUCGUCUUCUUGUCUCUCUGUCGAGAUAAAGUGACGCUUGAGUGAGGCAGUCAAUCAAUCAAUCAACCAGACUAACGGAUCGCUUACAGCACGCAACAUCCCCAGUCUCAAAUCAUUGCUGGGAGACCCCGUCCCCAAUGCCAACUUAUCUAUGCCACGGGUUUCGGUGGCAUCGCCGCGACAUCCGGAUUUUUGUCAUCCUCAACGACCUUGAAGACGCUGCACCGAACUGGGUUCUUGCACCUGCGUCGUCUUAUUGCAUCCUCGAUCAGCUGCACGCCAAAUACGACUUCUUACCUGAGCUCUCACCACCAACGACGCCCACGCAAAAGAGCGUCAGCGCCAAGAAUGCCAACAUCAAAAAGCAAUUCGACCACGUUGACGACGACCAUGCUCUCCCGACAUCGCGUGUAUCCGAUGCCGAAGAUGCCGUUCUUAUGCACUCAUGGUCACCGGUCAAAUUGCUGGAGGAAUUCGAUGUCGACGAAAUGGUGACGGCAUGCAGACCAUAUGCUUAUGUGGCUGAUUAUGUGGUACGAGUCGACCUCAGUGUGGACGUGGCAGGUCAGAUGGCCAAGUACUAUGACAGAAUGGCUGGCGAAGAUGGGUGGAUCAUAAAACUAAGGAAUGAAUUGCAAAAGGGCGAAUCCGUGCGGUGGUACGUCGUGGUCUGCGGUGAUGAUGUGAGGGAAGUCCCUGGUAAGAGUGACGAGGAAGAAAAAGAGUUUGGCUAUGAGCAGAUAAGGGACGCAGCACAAACCAUGGUGCGCAACCGACGAACAAAAGACGCUUUGGAGGGGCUUUCUGAUUCACCAUCCGAGUACGACGGCGACAACGACCGAGAGGAAGAUGGAGAAGAUGCUCUCACCGUCCUAGAUGGCAUUUUAGGCGGACCAGAUGGUGCUGCAACGCCCAGGCCACUUUCGAGGACAUUGCCAGAUAUUGAUAUCCCGCUCCAGUCUCAACUCGACCCCAGUCGGGCUUCAGUUUUGACAAUAUCAACAGUCUGGUCUCAGGAUGAGUCACCUAACGGAACAGCAAGGCAGGAAACACCGGAUAUUGAUGCACCUCUCCAGCCUCAUGAGCUCGAUAAGAAGAGGAAAUCCGUGUCUACAGCAUCUUCAGCAUGUUCUCGAAAAGAUUCUCUGGAUAAUGCACUAGCACUGGAAACGUCAGAUGUUGAGAUACCGCUUCUUCACCCCGAUAAUACACGAUAUUCGGUUUCGACGGCAUCGGAGAUAUAUUCUGCAUACAGGCAAUCUAGAAUUGAACCAGAAGAGUUUGACGACAUACAUUCAUCAGUGCAGGAUCCCAUACGCGGAGAGAUACCGAAUGUAAAGCAACCUCUCAAACCGAACAAGCUUCAUCCCUCUAGAUCAUCAACGCCUCCGACGCCCAAACCUCUGCAACGGCAGCGGCCAGUCCCAACGAUCUACAGGCCUGAAAGCUUUGUGCCCCCUUUCUCGCCUGUGUUACCACCUAUGGAUGGCUUUGAAGAAGUGUCUCCGAGGCCAAAUACUCCUAGCAGAGCAGAAAAUGUCAAGCCCCCAGAGACAUCCUGGCCAUUAUCAUCAGACUCCCCACUUGAAUCCUCAGGAUCGAGUACAUUUCAUAAUCAAGACACUCCGUAUCCAUAUGUUACAUCUAUCAUGAGUCCAAAGGACAGCCUAAGUACCUAUUUGAACGUACCCAAAGAGCUUGUUCCUCCUCGAACGCCCUCGCCUACAUCGGAGUAUUCACCACAACCACAGAAUUUUGGAUCCAACAUGCCCAAGUUUGAGGGGAUAGUGUCACACGCUCCACCAUUGUUGGUGUCACCGAACCCAGCACGCCUAGAACAACCAAGUUCUGGCAUAUUGUAUGAAGCUGGUGACACAAUUUCCGAACAGCGGCUAUCAUCAACACCAAUGCCAAAAACCAAACAGGUGGCAUUGCCGAACUUAGACACGAAAGCAGCAAAAGAGCCGGCUUCGAAGCCACCAAGUGCCACAACCCCAACAUCGGCUCAUCGGAAAACAAUCAAUCCUGCCUUGAGAACACCUCCCAGAAACCCAACGGCCCAGCCAACUGCACAAAUGUCGCCAAAGUCUCGCUUACCGAGAAGUGUCCCCAAGAACAUUCGAAUAUCAAAUGUACCAUUACCGCCAGAACCAGAAAUAAAGACGCCUCGUCGCCCGCCUACGCCACCAAAGCCUCGAGGUACAUCGGGAGGAAAUUCACAGAAAAGACCACAAACGGCGCCAGAAAAGGGAACGCCAUCAUCGAAAGUCCAUGCCAGAAUGUUAUCAAUGCCGUAUCGUUAUGAGGCACCAAGUUCUCUACGGGAACUGGAAAGGGAGGAGCUGGCGUUAGAGCCUACACCAUCUCUUGCUUCUGACUACAAUGCGGGUGUCAGUUCAAAACCGAGCGCGCCACGAGAUUUAGCACGUGGGGUGAGGUUGCGUGCACCACAGCCAGUGGCUGUGACGACUCAAAGUCGGCAAACUAGUGUAUCUACAGGUCAUAGUGAUGGUCAGGUAAAUGAAGGCGGAAGGCAUCCUAAACCACGAAUUGGUCGUAGCCAUUCAGUGGCCGAAGGGCUUAAGAAGCUGUUCAGGAAGCCAUCUCAUGCCAAGGCGGGCCAUCAUCAUUGAAGGAGACGGAGAAGCGUCUCAUUUCGAAGGGCUCGAUUUACCACUGAGGGAUAGGAGUUGCUGUUGACUUAUGGAGAAAAAGCGUCGAACUUUGUAAGUCGUAAUAUUCUAAGUGCUAGGUAUGAUGGAUCGUCAUGAUGUAAGAGUAGCGGAACGAGAUUCUUCGAAAAUGUACAGUAUUUAAACGCAGAUAUUUAAUUACGUACGUAGUACUCCGUAUAUGAUCUGCAAUUAGCA